AUGCUGCGCUAUCGCACAAGUGGUGUAGGAAGCUUCUCAGCCCACUACGUGGGUGCUUGGUGGCCGCUCGCUCGACAUCACCCGCAUCGAGUGACGUGUCUGCUGGCGCUGCAUCAUGGGCAUACGGUGCGGCGGGCCUCGAUGAGUCAUCUGGCGAGCAGUGAGAGGGCCAAGAACACAGGCAAUUGGGAGCCGCAGCUUCGCCGUCUCGCAGUGGUUCGCCCAGAUCUAGUAGACGAAUGGGUGCCGGAGCUGAACGACACAGAUGUGAGCUCUGUGCCGUGUACCAGUCAAAUCCCCGUGUGGUGGUGUUGUGCCGCAUGCGGGGAGAACUACCAGGCCACUGUGCGGGAACGUGCGGUGCUGGAUAAGGGCUGCCCGCGCUGCUCGCUCGAGCGGCAGUCGCAGCAUUUGCAACACACAAAUAGGAGCGACCGCAGCGUUGUCGAAGGCGCAGCCGCAAGCUCCGGCAAUGGCGGAGCUCCAUCACUUGCGGAGACGCACCAAUUGCUUGCGAGUCGGUGGGACCACGAAAAGAAUGGUCUUCUUCGCCCCACUGAUGUUACAAGCACAAGCGAGUUAAACGUUUGGUGGCGGCCAGCGGAGGGGCGACCGGCGCAUGAGCGGUCGUUUCGUCGUCCCGUGUACGCCUUUGUCGAGGUGCCGUAUAGCAUGGAGGAGCAAAGGGAGGCACAGGCGAGGAUGGAGCUUGACAUCUUGCAACAAAUACGGCGGGCGGCGAAGAUUGCGGAGGCUCGAGAGCGUAACACUUUCCCUGCAGCCGAAACAGUGUUGGAUGAUAUCGUCUCCACUGACCCCAACAGCGCGGCUGCGGUGCCAACGACGCAGGAGUCACAAGGGCAGGAGCUUGAGGGUGAAGAUUUCUACAAAGCCAUUGAACUCUGGGAACGGAGCCUGGAUGUCAAGAUAAAUGCAGACUGUCAACCGCUCUUCCAGUUUACCAAGGCGUGUGAUUGGGGGGAGGUGUCUCGCGAGCAGGUUCUUACCACGUACAAUGAAUUUGUGAUGGGACACAAGGAGCAAAACCGGGUGAAGGAAGGCAGUGGCAUUGACCCUCAGCAUCCUCAGCCUGUUGCGUCGGAUGCGGUUCCCUCCGUCAUUACAGACCCGGAUUGGGUGAAGUACUUCACACUCUCUGUAGAUGAGGUCUCAAAGGAUUGCUUUGCAGCAUCUGCCCGCCUUGUCUUCUCUGGUAUGGUGUCCUCAUUGAAACCGCCGCAGUCAGCCGAAGAAGGCGCAGAGGCAACUGAGGGGAAGAGAGACGAGGCCGCAGGCAGACGUUGCCGCGCUGACUCGCUGCCACCCCCACCAGAGGAGUACGAGAGUGAAAUCCGCACCACAUUUGCCUUCCCCAAGCAAUUUUACCCGCGCCGGCCACAGAUGCCACCCCAUCGCGAGGAUGACCUGAUGGAGUCGUUUCCAAAGGCAACCGAGGCGACACCACGCCAGCCAGCGUCGUCCAAGGGCGAGACAGAUAAGGGGCGACGAGGCUCCUUAAGUAAUGACUUGCCCGCUGAGGCGUCCUUUGAAGCUUUAACUCUUGCUGGCACACAAAGUCUUCUGCAGGAGUACACGUUCCCCGGCGACAAGGACGUGCCGUUUGACGCGGAUGAACCGGAGGUUCAACAGCAGUCACUGCUUGGAAAGGGGGUCUUGCAGCCCAUGACAAACGACGAGGUUCAAGCGCUGCAGUACAACCGAGGGACUCCACGCCCGCGCCGCACUGGAAGGUUUCGAUUACGUCCGCCUGAUGAUGUUAAUGUUAGACGAGGAGCGGGGUUGAGACCUGCCUUGGGCGUAUCCUUGUCACCUACUGCAGACGAAGCGGAGGGAAAACAGCAGCAGGUGAUUCAGGCGCCUGGCACGCCACGGAAGGUGGCACGGCCAAAGAAAAAGUGCCAGGAGACGGCGGAGACCACGAAUGCUGCUUCUGGAACUUCGUCUGCCGAAGAGGCCGCAACCUCACUGGCGUCUGCGUAA